CGCACUGUGACUGUGUCAGUAUUCAGUAAGGAGCAUUAUUGCAGUUUAACUCAUGAAAUUACGACUUUUCACUUUAAAACUUCCCCAUAAAAACUUCAACACAAAGAAACUAAUUUGUAGCCAAAAAAUGGAAAACCUUGCGAACUCUUUCUCGGUGUUGGAACUCGACGCUGAUGAUAGCAACAUUCAACCACUUUCUCUUCCUCCCAGUAGUAGUAAUGGAAAGAAAGCUAAUGGAAAAGCUUUACAAAUGAUCAAGGAGAAACAAAUUCCAGCGGCUUAUUUGCCUGAAUUCAGGUUACCUCUUGUCUGGAUUGACUUGGAAAUGACUGGUUUGAAUAUUGAAGUGGAUAGAAUACUGGAGAUUGCUUGUAUAAUUACAGAUGGAAAUUUAACCAAAUCGGUGGAGGGUCCUGAUUUGGUCAUACAUCAAACUAAGGAGUGCCUUGACGCAAUGGGAGAAUGGUGUCAAAGUCAUCAUGCAGCUAGUGGGUUAACAAAAAUGGUGCUUGAAAGUACAAUUAGUGAAAGGGAAGCUGAAAAGCAGGUUAUUGAAUUCGUUAAGAAACAUAUUGGUGGUACAUACGCACCUCUUUUAGCAGGAAAUUCAAUAUAUGUUGAUUUUCAAUAUCUUAAGAAAUACAUGCCAGAAUUGGCUGGGAUCUUCUCUCAUGUGGUCGUUGAUGUUAGUAGUAUUUCAGCACUUUGCAUUCGUUGGUAUCCUAAAGAUCAGAAGAGAGCACCUUCAAAAGAAAAAAGGCACAGAGCCCUGGAUGAUAUUAGAGAAAGCAUUGAGGAACUUAGAUACUACAAGGAAAACAUUUUCAAGCCAAAGAUCAAGAAAUGAUGGGAUAGCUAACAGACUGUGAAUUUUGAUGGAAAGUUUCCAAGUCAAGUGUAAACCUCACUGUUAUGACAAAGUUUAUGCACCAAUCAAAUAGGUCUUGAUUUUGGAUUGUGUAUUUUUUGACAGUUGUACAAACUCAUCCUCAAUUAUAUUGAGAACCCUGACAUGCAAAUUUCAACUUAUGUAAAUCCAUUCAAGGCAAAAACAUGUGCUACUAUUGUCGAUAACAAUACCCAGAAUUGUUUUGCUCGUGUAAAAUGCAAUGUUUUUAAAUCAUAUCAGAGCUUCCAGUCA